AUAAAAAGGACGGGCGAACCCGUGGAUUUUCCACGGACUAACGACUAGUCUCUUUAAUAAUAGCCGUAUUUUGUCUGUCUCUGCGCGGACCCCCAGCUGAGUUAGAAAAUCGUGCUACGGAAACACGAAUAUCAAAUGUGAUAUAUUUUUAUCCACUUUGUUGCAACAGGUAAAUAUAAAGGACGGGCGAACUCAUGGAUUUUUCCACGGGCUAACGACUAGUCUCUUUAAUAAUAGCCGUAUUUUGUCUGUCUGUCCGCGAGAAUGGCGUCGUGCGACGGGCACACGAAAAAGCGUGUAAAUCAAAGACGGCCGACUCCGUGGAAAAAUCCACGGGUUAACGACUAGUCUCUAUAAUAAUAGCCGACGUCUGUCUGUCUCUGCGCGGACCCCCGCUGAGUUAGAAAAUAAUCUUACGGAAACACGAAUAUCAAAUGCGAUAUAUUUUUGUUGCCACGGGUAAGUUUAAAGGCCAACGACUAGUAAUUUAUAUUAAAAAAUUGACCUCCGAAUUGAUCCCUGUUAUCUAGGGUUCCGUGUCCCCCGGGUAUGCCCGCUUUGUUAUCUCUAGAGGGUUCCGUGAUCGCAGGGCCUUGGGUUCGAUUACAUGCCCUCGUGGGGCCCUGGGUUUCGGUUUGCUUACAUGUCGUCGUUCAGGGGAAAAUCUGGGAAUCUCAAGAUGGCGUGCAUGCUAUGUAGUACAAGACAAAAUUAAGUAUAAAGGAUUGACAUAUAUUUGUUGUCACAAUGAGUAGUAUGGAGAAGGUAAAUAAAGAAACAAGUGUGGAAGGUUCCCCAUUGGCUUUAGCUAGAGAUAUGAAGCAAUUGAUCAAUAAUAAAGAGUUCAGUGAUGUUAAAUUUUUGGUUGGUCCAGAAAAAGUCAUUUUUCGGGGGCAUAAAUGUAUUUUAGCUGCAAGAUGCCACGUGUUCAAAGCAAUGUUCAAAGAGUCUCUGUCAAAUGAAGAACCUUAUGUACUAGCUGAUAUGACUCCAGACCUGUUUAUGUCAAUUCUACAAUUUAUCUACACCAAUACUUGCAAAAUUAACAGUCAGAAUGUGAUGAAUGUGUUGUCAGCCUCCAUGGAGUAUGGCAUGGAUCAACUUGUGAAGAUUUGCGAGAAGUACAUUGGAGAAUCAGUGACUAUUGAGACAGCUUGCGAUGCUAUGCAGGCAGCUGUGACGUUUGGUCUUGACAACUUCAAGAGAAUGCUGCUUCCGUUUUUCGAGCAACAUACUGCUGAGAUUUUCCAAACCAAAGGUUUCAACGAAUUGUCCGACACUACAUUGGCUUAUAUCAUGCAGAGUGAUGAGCUAAAUAUGGACGAAUAUGAAUUACUGAAAGCAAUAAAAAGUUGGGCAGUUGUUAACUCGGUAGCAUUGGGUCGUCCUCUAUGUGAGGUAGCGCGUACUGUUGUUUGCAAUUUAAGGCUACCGUUACUUUCUCCGGAAGAGUUAGGACAACUUGAAACAGAAAACGUGAAGGAACAUUUUAUCUCGGUGGAACAAAUUUCCAUGGCGUGGAAACAUCAUGCUUUAAAAACGCCAAUGAACUCUACGCUCGACACGACGCCAAGAAAGGGAACACGUUCCAGACAAAGAGAUCGAUAGUUUUUACGUGAAAUUCCUAUCCAGUGAAAUAUGGAUUCGUACUGGCCUUAAUCCAGUCGGCUUGCUUUAAAGCGAAAAAUAGUAUUUUUUAUUUGAAUGAGUAUUUUUAGUUUGUGAAAAAUUAUUUUUUAUUAUUUAUUAACUUUUAUAUUUAUUUCAUGGGUAUUUAAUAACACGACCAAAUCUCCAUGUGGGGUUUGAAGAGUUUUUGAGAAUGGUCGAUUCUCGGUGAAGAUUUUGUGGUGCAUAAGGCAUGUUUUACAUCCAGGUGAGUGCUGAGAUGCUGCUUCUUAAAAAGUCGCUUUUUUGAAAAUGAAAGGAUAACAUUAACGCCAUUACCAGAAUGUUUGCUACAUGGAACGCAGGCUUUAUACAUGAAUAAAAAUAUUUCGUAGUAACUCAACUUUUAAGUAGAAAAGCUUGUGACGUGUAAAUAUACCCUAUGUUAAGGUGUUUUUACACGACUGUAUUUAUUUGACAUGUGAUUGUAGGCUCUGGUUGAUAUCAGAACUACUAAACUAACUGUAGUGAUAGAUGAGCUGUUUGUUUUUAUAUGAUAUUUAGGUGUAUAUUUUUGUAAUAGGUGAAAAUAUUUAAGAAAUUAAUAACUACUCCA